AUGAAUGGGACUCCUAGAAUGCGUUCUGGCUUUCCGCCUACUCCUGGCAGUGGCCAAAGAAAUCCGACGGGACGAGUAACAUCCCCAUUGCGGGAUCUUCCAACGGCUUCGCCUGCUGCGAUAGAAUCCGAUGCGCCAUUGAUACCGGUAGAGCUCAUUGAUGCUCCUAGCCAGCGCAUGUAUGUUACGGGACUGUAUGGCUUGCUACUUGUAUGGCGUUUAUAUGAUUGGUGGCAGUUGGUAGAGGAUGAAUCAGAGUCUUUCCCAUUAUUCAUGAAAUGGGUAAUGCUGGACGCACUCUUUUUGUACUGGGUACCCAAACUACGAAUACCGUGGUUGGAGUGGUCACAAUGGACAUCUCAUGUAGCUUUUGGGCUGCAUGCUAUCUUUGAUUUCGUUCUAAUGUUCAGAAUUGGCCUUCCACUACAAGGAUGGGUUCUACUUCUUACGAAGACCUUUUUCGACAGCGAACUCGCUAUUUCAGAGAACAGUGUUCGGCCUGCCACCAUUUUACACAACUCAUCUUUGAUUAUGGGUAGGCAAAUUAUCAAUAUAUUGCCAGAGGGAUCAGCGACAUUGAAUCCGGAUGGUCUCCCAUUCUGUUUAGAUAGUAGUCGUCCUUCUGUCAAGCUCCCGAUGUAUUUUAACCAGACCAAACCUGUACACAUUGAACUAUUACGCUUCGACUUCGAUACAAAUGCAAACGAAACGAUAGAGCUGAAGAAAAGAGACAUGAAGAACGUUCGAAAGAUGGAUGAUGAGCCAAACGUUUAUACGCUUGACUACAUUGUGAAGAAACCAGGAUUAUACAGGCUUCACAAGAUUAUAGAUCAGUCGAAGCUCGAAGUACAGCGGAGAAUGUCUGAUACGCUUGUUGUAGGAUGCCCUAAAGCCAUCAUCAGAUCCACGAGCUCAGACAAGUGUCUAGGAGAUCUUUCCGACCUCUCUAUCGAGCUUGAGGGAACAGCCCCGUUGAAGAUUGUGUAUGGACGUACCAUCAACGACAAAGAUCGCAGUUUCCACUUCCAGAGUAAUCAACCAGAAAACUUCGUCUCGCCGCUGCUGGGUUCAACUAGGCCCAGCACAUUGCUUACCCUAGGAAAUCAGGAUGUUUCGUGGGGACAAGCUAGAAAGGUUGUUAUUCCAUUGAAUGAAUCUAUGACCCCCAGCGGUUUGUGGUUAUACUCGAUCAAUGAGAUUCACGACGCUACUGGAAAUGUCGCAAACUUCACGCUUAUUGGUGAAGAUGGAGAGCUCAUCUAUCCCAAGAACACACACAUGGAACAGAGUCUUACAGUCCAUGAGAGGCCCCUUGCAAGGCUCUCAGGCUGUGAUUCCAGGAGUCCACUUAUGGUUGCUAUCGGCCAAUCUACACAACUUCCGGUAAAAUAUGCAUCGCCUGGCCGAACACCAGACGACACUUCUCAUACUCUGACAUACAAGUUCUCUCCCCUUGACACUCUGACCGCCGCGGGUGAUCAUGGCAGCGAGGUGACUUUUGAGGAAUACUCUGCCCGCAGUGCCCACCAAUCGCCAAAUAUCCGCGAACCAGGUCUUUAUACCCUGGUGGGCGUUAAGAGCAAAUUCUGUGAAGGUGAAGUCAGGGAGCCUGCUUCUUGCUUACUGCUGAAUCCACCCGAGCCGCAGCUGUCUAUAAGCGCCGAGAAUAUCAACGACAAGUGUGCUGGCAAUUCCAUUGGCUUGCUUGUUGACCUUGACCUAAUAGGCACUCCGCCGUUCGUAGUAAGGUACAACAUCAUUACAAAGAGUGGUCUGAAGCAUGAAUCCGUGAAAGUAUCUGGAUUGCGACACCAACUGGAGCUUAAGCCGCGCGAUGCAGGUCAUUUUAAAUACCAGUUUACCUCUGUGGACGAUGCCGUUUACAAGAACCACAAAUUGAAUAGCAAUGAUUUAGUUUUGGAGCAGGAUGUGAAGCCACCGGCUUCAGCCUAUCUUAGACGGCCUGCAGGUGAUAUUGACGCAUGCAUCGAAGAGCCUGUGGAGAUGAAUGUGGAGCUCUCUGGCGAACCACCUUUUACCUUGGAAUACGAGAUUGUUCAUGACGGAAGACGUCGAAAGCAAAAGGUCACUGGAAUCGAAAGCGACAUCUACAAGAUAAAGACGGAUCCUUUGAUCACUGGUGGAGAAUAUUCUCUCGCUCUUGCAAGCGUUCAGGACAAGACAGGUUGCAAGAUAUUCCUUAACGGCGAGGUCAAAUUUAUGGUGAGACACCAAAGACCCCGAGUUGCUUUCGGUCACCUGGAUGGCAAGCAUAAGAUUAUGACCAUCGAGGGCACCAACAUCCCGCUACCUCUUCGCUUGACUGGUCAGCCUCCUUGGAGCAUCAAAUACCGAAAUGUAAAUGAUGAUUCUGGUAAGAUUUUGGAGAAGAUUGCUAUGUCGACCAAUGAUGCGGUUAAGGUGGAUGCUCGUGGUACAUACGAAUUACUUGAUGUAAAUGAUAAUCAGUGUCCCGGGACAGUCGAUCCCAAGGCAUCCUUAUUUGAGGUUGAUUGGCUUCCAAGACCGAAAAUUAAAGUUGCUGAUAAUUCGGCUCUUGUGCUGGACGGUGAGAAAUAUGUUAAGCAUGAAGUAUGCGAAGGUGAUAUAGAUGCAGUCGAGGUCAAUCUUAUUGGUUCCCCUCCUUACCACGUCAAGUAUGAGAUUCGUCACAAGCCAGAAUAUGGCUCGGCAUCUAUCAGUAACAAAGAGUUUGACGCAGGUCUCGGACUUUCAACAGUUUCCAUGGACACAAUCAAGCCUGGUCUUUAUGAAUAUAAAUUCUCGGAGCUUUCUGACAACCUUUAUGACCAUGACUCGAAGAAGUUUUCGCCGCUCAUCAUUGAGCAAAAAGUCAACAGGAAGCCAGCUGCAAAUUUUAUCAAACCAGGACAGUCAUAUAAAUAUUGCAAGGAAGAGCUCGCCGGAGACGAGGUCAUUCCUAUUAAACUCGAGGGCAUUCCUCCCUUCUACCUUGAAAUCGACAUCAAACAUCAGAGUAGUGCGAGACCAGAAACUGUCAAGAUUGCCAACAUCGAUUCCAACCAUUAUGAUUUCCGGAUACCUCACCGAGUGUUGUCGCUAGGCAUUCAUCAAGUCAGUGUACGCAAGAUUCGUGACUCCAGAGGGUGUCAGCAAAAAACAGAACAUGGUGCUCCUCAUGUACAAGUGCAGGUUUACGACGUUCCUACUAUUCAUCCCUUGGAGUCUCGUACAGACUACUGUGUGGGUGAACGAAUCGGGUACACAUUAUCGGGCACAGCACCUUUCGAAAUUUACUAUACUUUUGAGAACGUGCAAAGGAAAGCAAAAUCACCAAAUACUAGUUUCAGACGUAUUGCCGAGAAGCCAGGCAACUUCACAAUAACUGCUAUAUCGGAUAAGGCCAGCGAAUGUAAAGCAAAGACUGAGAUCACAAAGAUUAUCCACCAAAUGCCCAGCGUCAAGAUCAGUAAAGGAAGACAGGUGGAAGUUGAUAUUCACGAAGGUGGACAAGCUGAACUGCUAUUCGAAUUCUGGGGCGUACCACCUUUUGAGUUCACAUACACAAGAAGUACGAACGCGAAGAAGGGCCAGAAGUCUCAUGUGCUGGAGACCAGACAUGAGAUUUCAUAUGAACACAGCAAGACGAUACAGUCUUCGCAGGAAGGUACUUACGAAGUAGUGGCCAUUAAGGAUCAAUUCUGCUCCUUCUCGACACAAAAAGCGGAUGGAAAGAGUGGGCAGAAGUUACUUCAGUAUUAA